AUGGAUGUAUACCAAAUAGAGCUGGAGGCACAGGCACAAAUCCGCUCCAAUCUUCUGGUCGAAACCUGUGUGAAGCACUCGGCGGAGCAGCAGCAGCAGCUCCAGGUGAAGCAGGAGGAUCUUCUAAUCAAGGAUUUUGCUGGGGACGGGGAGAAGCUAAGCGAGGAAGAGGAGGAGGAAGAGGAGGAGGACGAGGAGGAAGGCGAGGAAGAAGACGAGGAAGAAGACGAAGACGAAGAAGAGGACGAGGAAGCCCUGCUGCCGGCAGUCAAUUUUAAUGCAAAUUCAGACUUUAAUUUGCAUUUCUUUGACACACCGGAGGACUCGUCCACCCAAGGGGCCUACAGUGAGGCCAAUAGCUUGGACUCGGAGCAGGAAGAGGAGGAGCCUCCGCAGCAGCAGCAGCAGCUACAUCACCGGGAAUUGCAGGAUUGCCUAAGUGCCAUCGAGGCCGAUCCCUUGCAGUUGCUGCAGUGCGACGAUUUCUACAGAGCAGCAGCAGCGCCAGUCGAGAGUGUUGCAACCAGCAACCUUGCCCCCCAGCAGCAACUCGGCCACCAGCAGCAGCAACAUCCUGGACAGCAGCAACACCAGCUCAACUGCACGCUGAGCAAUGGUGGAGGUGCUCUGUACACCAUCAGCAGUGUGCAUCAGUUUGGUCCGGCCAGCAACAACAGCAACCACAACAACAACAGCAGCAGCAGCCCCUCCUCCAGCGGCGCCCACGCAUCACCGGACAGCGGCUGCUCCUCCGGAUCCUGUGGCUCGGGUUCGGGUUCCUCCUCCCACGCGGUCUCCUCCUCGUCGUCGUCCAGCUGCUCGGAGCACAUACAUCAUACAUCCUCGUCAGCAGCGGUCAACAGCAGCAGCAGCAACAACAACCACAACAACCCAGCAGCAACAUCUUCAUCUGCUGCGCAUCUAAACAAAGAGCAACAGCAGCAGCAGCAGCAACAGCAGCAGUCACAGCUGCAGCAGCAACACCAACCGCAGUUGCAACACCCGCAGCAGCAAUCUUUUGGCCUAGCGGACAGCAGCAACAACAACAACGGCAGCAGUAGCAACAGCAACAGUAACGGCAGCAGCAACAACAACGGGGGAGUCUCCUCGAAGUCAUUUGUGCCCUGCAAAGUCUGCGGCGACAAGGCAUCGGGCUACCAUUAUGGUGUAACCUCCUGCGAGGGUUGCAAGGGUUUCUUUCGUCGCAGCAUCCAGAAGCAAAUCGAAUACCGCUGUCUAAGGGACGGCAAGUGUCUGGUCAUCCGGCUGAACCGAAAUCGCUGCCAGUACUGCCGCUUCAAGAAAUGCCUCUCCGCUGGCAUGAGCCGCGAUUCUGUACGUUAUGGUCGCGUUCCCAAGCGUUCCCGUGAGCUGAACGGAGCAGCCGCCGCAGGCGCUUCCUCCUCCCUCAAUGUGGAUGAGUCAACCAGCAGCACUCUGCAACACCCAAAUCAACUACAGCAGCAACAUCUCCUGCAACAGCAGCAACAGCAACACCAACAGCAGCAGCAACACCAGCAACUCCAACAGCAACCGCAUGUCAGCGGCGUCCGAGUGAAGACCCCGAGUACUCCACAAACGCCACAAAUGUGUUCGAUCGCCUCCUCGCCAUCGGAGCUGGGCGGUUGCAAUAGUGCCAAUAACAAUAAUAAUAACAAUAACAACAGCAGCAGCGGCAAUGCCAGCGGCGGCAGCGGCGUAAGCGUCGGCGUCGUUGUUGUGGGCGGUCACCAGCAGCUGGUGGGCGUGGGCAUGGGCACGGAUCUGGGCGGAUCGGCCCAUCACCAGGUGGGAAUGUGCCACGACGGACUGGCCGGAACGGCCAACGAGCUGACCGUCUACGAUGUCAUCAUGUGCGUGUCGCAGGCGCACCGCCUAAACUGCUCCUACACGGAGGAACUGACCAGGGAGCUCAUGCGCCGCCCCGUGACGGUGCCACAAAAUGGGAUUGCCAGCACAGUGGCGGAGAGCCUGGAGUUCCAGAAGAUCUGGCUAUGGCAACAGUUCUCCGCCAGGGUGACGCCCGGCGUGCAGCGGAUUGUGGAGUUUGCGAAACGCGUACCUGGCUUCUGUGAUUUCACCCAAGACGACCAGCUGAUACUCAUCAAGCUGGGCUUCUUCGAGGUCUGGCUGACGCAUGUGGCCCGCCUGAUCAACGAGGCGACGCUGACACUGGACGACGGAGCCUAUCUGACGCGCCAGCAACUGGAGAUUCUCUACGAUUCUGACUUCGUGAACGCCUUGCUGAACUUUGCCAACACACUGAACGCCUAUGGGCUGAGUGACACCGAGAUCGGGCUCUUCUCGGCCAUGGUCCUGCUGGCCUCCGAUCGAAACGGGCUCAGCGAGCCCAAGGUGAUCGGCAGGGCCAGGGAACUGGUGGCCGAGGCGCUGCGCGUCCAGAUCCUCCGAUCGCGGGCCGGAUCGCCGCAGGCACUGCAACUGAUGCCGGCGCUGGAGGCCAAGAUACCCGAGCUGCGGUCCCUGGGGGCCAAGCACUUCUCACACCUAGACUGGCUGCGGAUGAACUGGACCAAGCUGCGCCUGCCGCCCCUUUUCGCCGAGAUCUUCGACAUCCCGAAGGCCGACGACGAGCUGUAGGAUGGGAUAAAUUGGGAUGGGGGAUCCCCGCGAUUCCAGGGCCGUGCAAAGCAACAACCGCAACAAGAAUUAUUCUACCACUUGUAGGCUUAAGAAAAAGUAGCUAUAUAGAGAAGUAGCGAUAGAGAGAAAUGGGAGGGCCGGAGAUCAGUUACACGUCUACUCAGCAUUACUGGAGAUAGUUCACUAAGCCUAUAUGCAUAUUACUAGCAGUGUUAGAGCGACCAGGACUCCCCGCUGAACAUAUCCAUGCGCGAACAUAAAUUAUUUAUUUCAUUGUUGACUCAUCAAGCUCCACUCCGAACAUCACUUCACAGCCACAUCACAUCACUUCAUCCCAACAAGCACUCCCAACCAAAAUUAUGAAAGGAAACGAAAGGAAGGGGAAAAUUCAGCUAUCCAAGGCAUCUAUUUAGAACUCGACUGAAGGGCGAGCGUUAAAGUUCGAUAAAUACUGGUUUUUUUAAAUAAUAUUAACUACUUUAAACGAUAUCGGAUAUAUGUGUACGUUACACCUAGAGAUACGGACCUAGCGUAGGCGAAAAGCAAAAAGACCCACAUCGUUUGCUUGCAAAAGUUGGAUAUCCCAUACGAUAUAAAAUAUACAAAUAUUCAGAAUGAUAAAUGAUAAAUCUAUGCCUAGUUUAAAUCAUUUCGAAUUGAAGAUCGAUGCGUUUAUUGUAUCUGCGUGUAAAUAAAUUUAAAUUAAUUCCUACCAUUAACUCGCUGACUUGAUUAUUUUAAAAACCCCCUCACGAUCUUUGGCGACCACCACCUCCAUUUAAAAAGUGUUCAGUUUCUCACUAAGGAUCACACAUUUAAACAUCUUACGAUUAAGAUCCCUCGGUUAGAGACCAUCUAAGUUAAGUGCUUUAAGGCUUCAUUUGUAUAACUCGGAACAAUCAAAUUGUUUGAUCAAUUUUUGAAUAGAUUGGUGCUAAAUUUGUGUGUUAAGUUUACAUGGAAACAAGCGAGGAAAACCAACAGACAGUCGAACAAAUAUACAUAUAUAUAUUUAAACCUAUCUAUAUAUAUCAAAUACGUGCACGUAAAAAUCAAAAGGAUUCUUCUCUAAAGCUCUUCAUUGAUUGUUGAAUUUAUAUAGAAAAUUUUGUAAAUUUUAUUAGUGUGACAAAGGAAAAUAUUAAAUGUAGAUUUUAUGCUCCAUGUGUACCUUUCGCUUAUUGAACUAGAAUAUCGAAUAUCGAAAUAAAUUUAUAGACUAUUGACUAAUUCGCAAUAUCUUAGACGUCACGCAUCUUACAAUGCUAGCAAUUCUCUCCCCUGAUCCUUCCUCCACCACACUAUAUACUUUCGAUCCAAGCACAAACCCAACAAAUCUCUGUGUUAAUUUUGUAAACCAGUGCGCAUAAUGGAACCUUGUGAAUGUAGCAUUAAAAACGACGACGAAAAGAUCAACAGAUUUUUAAUUACAUUAUUAACUUAUACCUAACUAUGAUAUACAGAUAUAUAAUAAAUAUAUAGAUACAAUUUUUUACCUACUGUAGCUUUGAUUACAUUUUUCAAUGAUGUGUCAAAUUUUAAAUGGUAUUACCGAUAGUCCAAAAUACUCAACAACUACAGAAGAACAGAAAGAAAAGUUACAGUGCAUUAAGGAGGCCGACUUCCUACGAUCAUGGCUUGUUACAUGUCCACUAAUAUCGCUCCACUCGAAAACAGUGCAAAGAUCCAACCAGAUAUAUAGAAUAAUCAUCCAUCAAUAUGCAAGACAGUGCUUAUACCCGAACAACAACCCGCAGAUGAGUCGGUAGUUUCGACCUUGCAAUGCCCUGUACUAUAUCAAAAGGUCUAUUUUCCGUAGAUCCCCAGAUAGAUCAUACAUGACCUCUGGUCUGUGGUGAAUCCAACCCAUUCACUCCGCUCCACAGUGCAGGGCAUUCACAAUUAUCAGAGAUAUGCGGCCAGCUCGCUUUACUAACUUACUAAGAAAUAGACAAAAACCGCAUACAUAACACUAAGCCGGAAAACAAAAAAUAUAAAAAAUAAACAAAAGACGAUAAGAACACUGCGAAAACUAAUUAGAAAGCGAAAUACAUACGCAGAUUGUAAUAAAAUUACAGAAAAACAAACAAACGUCUUUGAAUGAUUUGAUAAAGAGCUGGAAAAUUGUGAAGGUUUAUCAGGG